UUGUCGAGUGGUGUGGAUAACACGAAAGCCAUCGGCCACCAUGGCUGAUGAUUUGAAGAGAUAUCUGUACAAACAGUUGCAAAGUGUUGAAGGCCUUCAUGCUAUUGUAGUGACAGACAGGGACGGGGUCCCAGUUAUUAAAGUUGCCAAUGACAACGCCCCAGUCCACGCUCUGAGACCUGGCUUCCUGUCCACUUUUGCUCUGGCCACAGAUCAGGGCAGCAAGCUGGGCCUCUCCAAGAACAAGAGCAUCAUCUGCUACUACAACACCUACCAGAUUGUGCAGUUCAAUCGCUUACCACUGGUCAUCAGUUUCAUCGCCAGUAGCAACGCCAACACAGGUCUCAUCAUGAGUCUGGAGAAGGAGUUGGCUCCACUAAUAGAGGAGCUGAGGCAGGUAGUGGAGGUGACAUAAGCUCUGACUGACAGGAUCACCAGUCUGGAUCUCUCCCUGCCUCUCAUGGUGCAUUCAAUUCCUAUGAGA